AUGGCCAGCUUUUUCGAUCUCAAGGCUCGCAAAGCCGCUGCUGCUGCUGGUGCAUCAGGCGAGGGCUCCUCCAAAGCUGCCGGUCCUAAAGUCGAUAAUCGCCUGCAACCAUGGGUCGAGAAAUACCGUCCCAAGUCGCUCGAUGACGUCUCGUCCCAAGAACACACUGUCGAUGUCCUUCGCCGAACCCUACAAUCCGCAAACCUCCCACACAUGCUCUUCUAUGGUCCUCCCGGUACUGGCAAAACCUCGACCGUCCUCGCUCUUGCAAAACAACUGUACGGCCCUGAGCUCAUCAAGACUCGUGUUCUCGAGCUCAAUGCCUCAGAUGAGCGUGGUAUUAGCAUUGUUCGUGAGAAGGUCAAGGACUUUGCCCGUAUGCAACUCUCAAAUCCUCCUUCCGGCCCCGCUGGAGAAGAGUACCGCAAGAAGUACCCUUGCCCUCCAUACAAGAUCAUCAUCCUUGACGAGGCAGACUCCAUGACUCAAGACGCCCAAUCUGCCCUACGUCGUACCAUGGAGACCUACAGCAAGAUCACCCGCUUCUGUCUCAUCUGCAACUACGUUACUCGCAUCAUCGACCCACUGGCCAGUAGAUGCAGCAAGUUCAGAUUCAAGAGCUUAGACGGAAGCAAUGCUCGCAAGAGAUUGGAAAACAUCGCCGCAAUGGAGAAGGUCAAGCUUGACGAUGGGGUUGUCGAUACUCUGAUCCGUUGCGCUGAGGGUGACUUGCGAAAGGCCAUUACGUUCCUGCAGUCGGCCGCUCGUCUUGCUGGUGCAGAACAAUCAAAGCCUGAUGAUGAUGCCAUGGACGUCGACGACCAAGCCACAGCUAAAUCAGUCUCUGUUCGUAGCGUGGAAGAGAUUGCUGGCGUCGUCCCUGACCGAACUGUCAGCCGUCUCGUUCAAGCCAUGCAGCCUAACACAAGAAUCUCGGUUUAUGAUGCCGUUUCUCAUGUUGUUCAGGACUUGGUCGCUGAAGGCUGGAGCGCCACACAGCUCGUCUCACAACUCUACGAACAAAUCCUCAUGGAUGACUCGAUCGACAAUCCGAAGAAGAACCGCAUUGUCAUGUCCUUCUCCCAGACAGACAAAAGAUUGAUCGACGGCAGCGAUGAGCACCUGACUAUUCUCGAUCUGAGUUUGCAGAUCGCGGGUGCUCUCGCCGGAAGCUGAAGCCUUUGACUAUUAUGUCUAUUUCAUAUCUUCAAUGGAAGGAAAACACCAGCCUAAGAAGUGCUUCUGAGACCGACCGUCAGAUGGCUCUGCUUCACUUGCUAUCAAAAGAUACAACAGCUCAUUGGCGUCCUCACAGAAGGGAAAGGUGGUACAAAAAACGGCGCCCGGCCAUGAUCCAGAGUGCUUGUUGCACACUCAACCACAUGUAAUCUUAGAUGCUUAACGACUAAUAAUAUCAGAGCUUGAUAAAUGCAAUGUUCGAUAACAUUGGGAUUUACCUUGUUGCCUCC